AUAACAACAAAACAGCUGUUUUAAAUUGUCAGUCAAUGUCAUUGUGCAUUAGCCACAAAUAAUUAUGGCCACUGUUUAUUAUGUAAAACACGAUAUAUUGUUACAGUUUAAAAGUACUAAAUGAUAGAUACUUAUGUGGUUAGAAUUACAGUAUUUUUGUUACUUAUGCACCGGUGCUUAUUAGCAUAAUAAGGCCACAUGAAGAGAAAUUCGAACAAGGCGCUAUAUAAGUUUUUAGGAUGGGUUUUACGAAGAUUGUUGGAAAAACCUGUGGAGUUUUAGGUUUACUGACACAGUAUGCCUGUGUAACACACUGUGCAUUUGAAUAUGUUGGUGAUUUUGUGAUGUGCUCGGGUCCAUCAAUGGAGCCUACACUAGAAACGAAUAAUGUACUGUUCACAGAACAUAUAAGUCCAAGACUAAAGAGGCUUAGAAGGGGCGACAUCGUUAUAGCGAAAAAUCCAACUAAUCCUAAACAAAAUAUUUGUAAACGAAUAGUAGCUCUACAGGGUGAUAUAGUCAAAGGAAGCUUUCCGGGUCGUAAAACAUUUAUACCCAAAGGUCAUGUAUGGUUAGAAGGAGAUAAUUCUAGCAACUCCGCUGAUUCCAGAGUGUAUGGUCCAGUUCCUCAAGCGUUGAUACGUAGCAGAGUUGUUUGUCGAGUGUGGCCUCUUGACAAGAUAACGUCUUUGAUUGAGUACUAGUUUCAAAAUUGGUUUUAUAUAUGGUUAAAAUUAUUAAGUUCCUUUUCAGCGGCCAAAAUGUUUAAGGCUUUGAGCAACAUGUGCAACUAUGCUAUAUAUUACUGCAUUCUGUAUGUAGCAUGUAUAGCUGCUAUUAGUGUAGUGUGGGACUUCAGUGACCUCAGUUUUACCACUAAACAUGGAGAAACAAAUAUUGAAUAAUUUACUUGGGUUGACUGAAGUCAAAAAAUAACAAACAUCUGAUGUAUGUAGGCACACAGUUAAGUUUUGGUGACAUUGCAUGACUCCCCCCGAUUGACUUCUUUCUUUGAGGAUGCCUCAAAACAUUAUUCUGAGACCACUAAAGAAUCGAUCUGCCAAUGAAUAUAACCUAAUGACCCAAUAAGAAGAGUGCAAUAAAACUUAUAUAAAUAACUACCCUUUUCCUUGAUUCCUGUGCCCCAUCCUGUUUUUAGUUCUUA